AAUGUCCCAAGAUCUUUAAAUUGACAACCGUACAACUGUUACUAUCAACAAAUAAUUUUUAAAAUGGCGAAAAUAAAUGGAAGUCAUAUUACUGUAUCAGCGAAUAUUAUUCUGACCGCCUCUUUAAUUACAAGGACCCUGACCUUUGGUUUCAUAUUCAUGUCAAUAUAUAUCAAAGUCAAGGACGACAUUUUAGAUGAAGAAGUUAUUAAAAUCAUCGACUUGGAAGUUGUAGCCGGGAUGCCACUAGGAUCAACUGUUAGAUCAAUUAUUUUUUCCCUCAUUGGAGUAUUUGUGGUAGAACUUUUAACCGGCAUUGUUGGAUUGUAUGGAGCUUUUAGAAGGGAGAAGCUAAUGUUAGCAGUGGCCGUCGUCCUGAGUUCCUUCCUGAUUUGUGUAUACAUUAUAUAUAUAGUACUUCUGUCGAUUAUAUAUCACAAGAAAACUGAACUCUACAAUACAUUACUUAAUUACACAAAAGCUUAUGAAUCUGGUACUAAUUACUUAUCAUACUGGAACCGUGUGGAAACAUUCCCUGAGUUCUUAACUAAGCUUGGAUGUCAAAAUUCAAGCCCGGAAAGGCACUAUUGCUGGAGUUUAUAUGUCCAAGAAUUAGGCAGCUAUCUAGAAAUAUACAUCGGGAUAAUUGUGACGUGCAUGGUUUGUCAGAUUUGUUCAAUAGUUGCAGCUGAAUAUAUCUUCCGUAAACUUGAAUUCAAAGAAAAGAAACCAAGCAUUUCGGAGAACAAGUAUUACUUAUUGUUAAGUUUAAAGCAUGGUAUGUUACGGAGUUUGAUCAUCUUCAUAAAGGAUAAUUGGAGCAGGUCAAAAGUUGGUUUUGCAUCGGUCAUACUUAAAAUAAGCUCGCUUGUAGCAGGUCUUGGGCUUCUUGGACUUGGAUUAACUCUCAUAGGAGACGUUUUUAUUAGUGAUGGCUCACUCAGACAUAUAUUUUACAAGAUUCAGUUUUAUCAUUACUAUUUCUAUGAUAUACUGGUGGGUUUAGCUGCAGCAUCGGUUGUAAUUGGAAUAUGUACCUCGUUGGUGGCUGUACUUGGCUUGCUUGGAUCCUGGAGAAAAUCGAAACGCUUUCUUAUUACGAGCUCUGUUCUGUCUUUUGCUUUGCAUAUACCAAGAGUAGUUGCUGUUGUUAUAUGGAUAGUGUUUAUUGAAGAGAUCAACGAUGGUAUGAAAUUUCAGUUAUGGUUACAACAAUUAGGAUAUUUUUAUGGAGGGAACGGAAAUGAAAUCACGGGAAAGUGGAAUGACAUGAUCACGACACUGCAGUGUUGUGGUGUCAAUUAUUACUCCGAAACACAUACGACUCAGGGAAUACAGUUCUGUUGUAAAAAUGCUAAUCUCAGAAUACUAGACAAAGAAGAUCCAAAUACAAACUCCUACAGUGGCAUUUUCAAUUAUUUUGGUGGCUGUGGUGGCUACAAAACAGAUACAUGUGCAGAAGUAAUCUUGGACAAGACUGACAUGUUUAUUGGAUGGUUUCUUGCCAUUGUGCUCCUGCAAAUUGUUUUAGAGAUCGUUGGGUGUUUCUUUGUUAACAAGGAGUAUUCAGAUAUAAGGUCGACGGAAAACCCCGACAUCUCAACAGGAAAACUAAGGCAUACAAAGUCUGUUAUAUUUAGAAAAAUCUGCAGCGGAAUCAAAUCGUUCUUUUUAAGUAACUGGAAAAGGUCUAAAUUGACAUUGGUUCGAUUUAUAUCUCUAGGAACUAUAUUUAUAUGUAGCAUUGUGGUGCUUUGUCUAGCCAUCAAUAUAAGAUACGACAAAGUAUUUGGUAACUCGGAUAUAGAAGACAUAUUUGCAAGAAUAAACGUUACCGAUCAUACCUUCUCAAGGGCCAUCAACAUAUUUUCCAUUGUGGCUGUCACCUUUUCGUUAGUAUCUAUAGCAAUUGUUAUCUUUUCCACAGUUGUAAUGGACUUACAGAAAUGGAAAUCAGUCCUAAAUAUUUUGACUGUUGGGUUAUUGAGUGCUGUUGUAGUAUCUAACAUUGUACAAAUAGGAUUAUGGGGAAAGUUCUUGGCUGGAGUUUCAUCAGAGCUAGAAAAUGAACUGAGAGCACAAUUUGUUAGUCAAGAUGGUGGCUAUCAGUACUCUCAGAAUUCAGCAACAUACGACACGUCAUUAUCACUCUCUUGGAAUACGCUUUUUAUACAGGUAUGA